CGGGUGAAGAACUGCGAGCAAGGAUUUGAAUGCUGGAGGAUUUAGAUGGCGGAAGAAGUCCCUGCGGCCGGCCCACUAGAUUACAUACAAGAAUAAUUUACAAAAACAUCAAGCUAUGCGGAAAAUCUCCAUGAGGAACAAUAAUUCAACAGCUUCUAACAUAGGAUUAAACUCUGUGAAUGCUAAGGAGGAACAAAAUGAGAGUCAAAACAACUUUGUUGAACUGCUGCCUCCAGAAAUGACUUUUAAAAUUUUCAGUCAACUAGACAUUCAGAGUUUGUGCAGGGCUUCACUGACAUGCUGGAGCUGGUAUUACGCAAUAAGAAACAGUGACCUCUUAUGGAAAUCUCACUGCUUAAUUGUAAAAACUGUGUGCCCAAGAGAAAUAAAUGAUGAUGAAGGAAGUGGUUAUUCCUGGAGGGAAAUAUUGCUGAGGAAUUACCAGAAUUACCAGAGGAGUAAAGUGAAACUCGAAUGGCUAAGUGGUAGAUACAGCAACAUAUGUUCUCACACUAUUUUACUAAAAAACAUUAUGUACCCAAUGGAUGUAGACACCUGGGGAGAAAUUUUAGAAGCUGAACUGGAAAGAUAA